AUGCCUGAUACAGUUCCAAUACCUUGUCCCCCGGGCUUGCCAUUUUUGGGUAAUGUCGCUGAUAUUGAUCCGGAGUUUCCACUUGGCUCACUGAAUCAUUUGUCCGAUAUCUAUGGUCCAAUAUACCGGAUGACCAUAACGGGAAAGAGUCGGGUAGUUAUUGGAUCACAGGCGUUGAUGAACGAGGUCUCAGACGAAAGCAGAUUCAGCAAGAUCGUCGCAGCAGCACUGGAAGAAGUUCGAAACGGCACGCAUGAUGGCCUGUUCACGGCAUACGGGCCGGAAGAGAAGAACUGGGGAAUCGCCCACAGGAUCCUCAUCCCAGCCUUCGGGCCCCUAUCCAUCAGAGGCAUGUUUGAUGAGAUGCAUGAUAUCGCUGGACAGCUGGUCAUGAAGUGGGCGAGACACGGCUCUUCCUACAGCAUACCUGUCACGGAUGACUUCACGCGCCUGACGCUGGAUACAAUCGCGCUGUGCGCUAUGGACUAUCGUUUCAACUCCUACUACCGGGAGCAGAUGCACCCAUUCAUCCAGGCUAUGGGAGACUUCUUGACUGAAUCCGGCAACCGAUCGAGACGUCCAGCACUGGCCCAGGUGUUCUACCGCCAAGCAAACUACAAGUACGAAGCCGACAUUGAGCUAUUGCGCGAGACGGCCGACGAGCUUGUGCAGACUCGAAAACAGCAUCCAACCGAACGAAAGGACCUACUUAACGCUAUGCUCAAGGGUACAGAUCCAAAGACGGGGGAACAUCUGAGUGACGAAAACAUCAUAGAUAAUUUGAUCACUUUCUUGAUCGCCGGUCACGAGACUACCUCGGGACUUCUAUCGUUCGUUUUCUACUACCUGCUGAAGAACCCCUUGGCCUAUCAGAAAGCUCAAGAGGAGGUCGAUCGGGUCAUCGGAAAUGGGCCUAUUACCGUUGAUCAUAUGUCCAAGAUUCCGUACAUCACGGCCAUCCUAAGGGAGACCCUGCGCCUAUGUCCUACUGCGCCGGCCUUCGCCAUACAAGCGCAUAAGCCUGAGAUCAUCGGCGGCAAGUAUCAGGUGGAGAAGGGCGAGCCAGUCAUUGCGCUGCUCACUAAAGUCCACCGCGAUCCCGUUGCUUAUGGUGAGGAUGCGGACGAGUGGAAGCCGGAGCGGAUGCUUGACGAAGAGUUCGACAGGCGGAAUAAGGAGUACCCGAACUGCUGGAAACCUUUCGGGAAUGGCUCACGAGCUUGCAUCGGCAGACCGUUUGCAUGGCAGGAAGCUCUCUUGGUUGUGGCGAUGUUGCUGCAAAACUUCAACUUUGUGGCAGAAGACCCUUCGUAUCAGCUGCAGUUCAAGCAGACCCUGACCAUCAAGCCUAAGGGCUUCCGGAUGCGGGCUAUGCUUCGGAAUAAUAUCACACCAACUACGCUUGAGCGAGGACUGUCCUCAAGAACCAUCAGUACCAACAAGUCAGCCGCAUUUGGAGAAACCUCGAAAGUAACCAAUAAGCCCAUUACCCAAGCUGCCGGAGGAAAGAAGAUGGUCGUUCUGUAUGGUUCAAAUACGGGGACUUGCGAAGCUCUGGCUCAGAGACUGGCGAGCGAUGCUCCAGCGCACGGUUUUCAAGCAACCAGGGUCGAUAGCCUGGACUCUUCUAACCAGGCACUUCCGACAGAUCAACCAGUCGUAAUCAUCACAGCGUCCUAUGAAGGGCAGCCGCCUGAUAACGCGGCGCACUUCGUCACUUGGCUGCAAAGCCUUAAGGGCUCCGAGGCGGAGAAUGUAGCGUUCUCGGUGUUCGCCUGUGGUCAUCAUGACUGGGCCAACACAUUCCACAAGAUACCCCAGCUGGUGGACGACCUACUGGAGCAACGUGGAGGAAAGCGAAUCGCUCCGAUGGGAAAGGCCGAUGCCGCAGCAGGCGAUAUGUUCACCGACUUCGAGAACUGGGAGGAUCAGGUCUUCUGGCCAGCAAUGGUCAAGCAAUACGGAGCCUCCGAGGUGGGUGAAGCAGCUUUCGAAUCCGGCCUCAAAGUCGAAAUAUCUAGCCCCCGGUCAUCCACGCUGCGUCAAGACGUCAAAGAAGCGCGUGUGAUUAAUGAGAAGCUCUUGACGGCAGAUGACGCGCCGCAAAAAAAGCACAUAGAGAUCAGUUUACCGUCGGACAUGACCUAUUCGACUGGCGAUUACCUAGCGAUAUUGCCGAUCAACCCCAAGGACAAUGUGCAAAGAGCUAUGCGAUACUUUGGUCUUGCCUGGGACAGCGUACUUACGCUCUCAUCCGCUGGACCUACGGCCCUGCCUACGGGUGUCCCUAUCUCAACUGCUGACCUCUUCGGCGCGUACGUCGAGCUCGCUCAGCCAGCUACCAAACGCAACGUCCUGGCAUUAGCAGAGGCUACGAAGGACGAAGCAACCAAGAUUGAGCUUACACGUCUUUCUGACUCGGCCUUCACUGAGGAGAUCAGCAACAAGCGUGUGUCCAUCCUUGAUCUCCUCGAAAGAUUUCCGUCCGUUUCCCUACCUCUCGGCCCAUUUCUGCAACUCCUCCCACCCAUGCGCGUCCGCCAAUACUCCAUCUCUUCCUCGCCCCUCUGGAACCCGCACCGCGUUACCUUGACUUACGCAGUGCUCGAUCAGCCCUCUCUAAGUGGCCAUGGCCGCUACGUCGGCGUAGCAUCGAACUACCUCUCCGGCCUUACCGCGGGCGACAGACUCCACGUAUCUGUCCGCCAAUCACAUCAGGCCUUCCACCUUCCGUCAGACCCUGAGAAAGUACCGAUCAUCUGCAUCGCAGCUGGCACUGGCCUUGCACCCUUCAGGGGCUUCAUCCAGGAGCGUGCAGCGCAGAUAGCUGCGGGUAGGGAUCUUGCGCCCGCGCUGCUGUUCUUCGGCUGCCGUGAUCCGGAAGUAGAUGAUCUAUACGCUGCCGAGUUCGCGAAGUGGGAGAAGAUGGGUGCGGUUGAGGUCAGGCGCGCGUACAGUCGGAAGCCGGAAGCGAGCGAUGGCUGCAGAUACGUCCAGGACAGGCUUUGGGCAGAACGGAAGGAUGCGAUUGAGAUGUGGGAGAAGGGUGCGAAGUGCUUCGUGUGCGGUAGUAGAGAGGUUGGCGAAGCGGUCAAGGAGACAAGUAUCAAGAUCAUGAUGGAGAGGGCGGCAGAGCUGGGUAAAGAGAAGAAUGAGGAGGAGGCGAAGGAGUGGUUUGAGAAGAUACGGAACGAUCGGUAUGCUACCGACGUGUUUGCGUAG